CUGGGGCCCAGCACUUUCCAGUCCCAAGAGGGCCUGCUUGAACCUGGGGGAGGGGGCUGUCCCCCACUUCCCGGAGCCUGGCUCCCAAUGCUGUGUGUAUUCAUACCUUCCUGCAGGGGAAGUGAGUAGGGCAGGGUGACAGCUUUCCACAGGAAGCGGCCAUUCACCACAGCACUCGUGCUGUGUUCUGGCGGAUGUCGUUCAAGGCCUUCCCACCGACUUUAGAGGACAGUCUGCGGGGCAGUGGUGUGUGCUGUGCCACAGUGGCUUUCUUCUUUUCCUGACUGGAUUGAUGGCUCUGCAAGUGGUCUUUCUGUGAGAGCAUCACUCAGCAGGCACAGGUCCCCCACUUGCCUACAAGGGACUCACACUGGUGACUGGAGGCAGCCCCGCCGCCGGCCCAGAAGAGAAUGGAAGGCCUUCAGAGGAGCACAUACGGAACUAUAGUUGAAGGAAGCCGGGGAGUCUACCAUGCAGCAGAAUCAUACUGGCUGAGGAUCCUCCUGGUGGGCAAAUCUGGCUGCGGGAAAAGUGCCACAGGGAACAGCAUUCUCCGCCGACAAGCAUUCGAGUCCAGGCUCAGAGCCCAGUCGGUGACCAGGACCAGCCAGGCAGAGAUAGGCACAUGGAAGGGAAAGAGCUUCCUAGUGGUAGACACACCCCCAAUCUUUGAGUCAAAGGCUCAGAACCAAGACAUGGACAAGGACAUUGGAGACUGCUACCUGCUGUGUGCCCCAGGACCCCAUGUGCUGCUGCUGGUGACCCAGUUGGGACGCUUCACAGCCCAGGACACCAUGGCUGUGAGGAGGGUGAAGGAGAUCUUUGGGGCAGGAGUCAUGAAGCACAUGAUCAUCCUCUUCACCCACAAGGAAGACCUGACAGAUGAGACCUUGGAUGGGUUUGUGACCCACACUGACAACCGCAGCCUGCGCAGCCUGGUCCAGGAGUGUGGGAGGAGGUACUGUGCCUUUAAUAACAGGGCCUCAGGGGAAGAGCAGCAGGGACAGCUGGCAGAGCUCAUGACCGUGGUGAGGAGGCUGGAGCAGGAGUGUGAGGGCUCUUUCUACAGCAAUGGCCUCUUCCUUCAUGCCCAUGUGUUUCUUAGUGGUGACAAGAGUGAGGAUCAGGAAGCCUACAAGUGCUACCUGUCGAAGGUGAGGCAGGAGGUGGAGAGGCAAAAGCAGGAGCUGAGAGAGCAGGAGGUGAGCUGGGUAGCUAAGAUGCUUUACAGAGUCAAGACAUGCAUGGGCCCCCAUAUUUUCCUUAUUGUGUGUGGUUUGAUUUUGAUCGCCAUUUUAAUUAACUUCUCUAUUACCCAGGGGAACUGAGCCUUUUCAGGUGAUUUCUGCCAUCAGCCCCCUCCUGCAAUGAUCACAAUCUCUGUUCUGGGGCAACUCAGUUUCACUCUCAUUUGACUCCCUUGCAUCAGACAUGCCAGGAUGUUUCUUCUAAAUACCAUUAUGUAAAUAAAGUAUGAAAGAAAAAUGUA